AUGCCAGCUCUGCCGGUUCCCCAGCAAUCAGACUGGAAUAACAACAUCUACGUCCUCGCAGUCACCCGCAUAUUCGUCAUGAUCGGGGUGGCCUUCCUGAUCAAAAACUUGUAUAAUCUGAUGCCAACAAUCUGGGGCACACGCUCUGCUUCCAUUGCGGCUGUUGUUGCAAAUGGUAUUGACCUUGAAGAUAUCAUAUCAGAAUCUCCGGUCACGAUGCCGGGCGCCGUAGGCUCUGGACCUGACCAGGCGGCCAAUCUUACGCUCGGAAUCCGUCCUCCACAGCCCAUCUAUGAUCCACAGAAUCAUGAAGAAAGAUCUCGGGUCAAUGCCCGAGCACCAAAUGAAGGCACGGAGGCCUCAAGGCCCUCCACUCCCGCCCACGCGAUGCCGGAGCAAGACGUUGGGGUCGCCAACGAAGACCCCCAUUUUGAAGAAGGCAUGGACGCUGCUGUGGGCCUGACUGGAUAG